AUGGCCAAUCGCUUUAUGAAGACAUCUUCCAACGCCAAAAUUCACUCACUUGGUGAUCUUUGGCUGGUAUUGGAGCGUCGCUGUAUUUGCCAUAUCUGGGCGGAAUCAUCCAAUGACUGGGCAGAUGGUGAAUCAAGGUUCAUUCCCGAAAUUCCUCAUGCUGAGACUGGUGUCCGCAGCCUUGAUGGCUACUACGUUCCACGUUCUUGUCUUUUGCGCACUGGAGAUGAGUGGGAAGGAUGGUGGGAUGAGGAUCCCUUCGAUAUUCUCGACUUAACCGCGGACUUGAUGACAAACCUCGAGAGACUUGAGCCUACCCCCAACUCAAUGUUCAGGAACCUUUUUGAACUCUUACCAAACGAAAUAAAGAAUCACGUAUGCAGCUAUUUGCAGGACGAAGAAUUGUCGCUCGAUUGCACCUAUCUCAUGCCUCAGUUCAUGUGGGCAGGAAUGUUCUUCCGCAUCGCCUUCCUUUGGGACCUCGAUGUUAAGGUCGUUUACAAAAAGACAGGGUCCAGCAAGGUUGAUCUGGAGAAGUGGAACUGGGAAAAGCUUACACGACAGGUCAUGAGCCGUGCAGAGUCGUCGCUUAACGCGAAGUCCGGGGUUAAAGAGAGCGCGUGGGAUUAUUCCAAAGUUGAGCUCCACGUUCCUGGUGGUUUAGCCAACCGCCGGAGAAUUUGGCAAGUGCUGGAGGAAAUGCUCCCGAGUACUGCGGUGUGGGAGGGGCCAAACGAGCCUUAUACAGAUGCUAUGUUGGAACUCGCACAUAAUGAAGUUGGAGGACCUAUCAACCCUUGGUAG